AUGCACACAAAAAUUCUUUAAGAUCUGGAGGCAUAAUAAUAGGAGUUCAAAAAUAAUUCUAUUCAAAAAAAAUUACUAAUUAUUAUUAUCCUCAGAAUAAUCAACCAUAUGACAAUUUAAUAAUUAAUAUAGUAAAUCAAAUUGUAGAGUUGGUUACCAUUAAAGGAUACUUCCACAGUAGACAGGAAUAUAAAAAUAAUUUGCAAAUCUUUAAAAAAAUAAUAAUUUAAAUCAUGGAAUAAAUAGGAUACUAAACAACUUUACUAAUAUGUGGAGAUUUCAAUUAUGAUACAAUCCCUAUUUCAUUCCUCAAAGAUUUAAUACCAAACAAAAUAACAUUCUAAAGAAAAAAUUUAAACAACCUUAUUCGCUCAUAAACUGAUCACAUUAUAACUAAUCAAUAACUAAAAACAAAAGUUUAGUCUUAUUGGAAUGAAUAAUCAGAUCAUUGUUUAAUUGAGACAAAAAGCAAAUGAGAAUUGA